CUGAGAGGCCUAGAGAGAGAAAGAGAGACUGGUAAGCUUAGAGAGAGAUAGAGAGCAGCAGAAGCGAGAGAAAACCUUCUCCUUGACAGUGCAGGAGUUCGAGGAGUUAAGGUGAGCCGAGGGUUGCGAUUCCUCCUCUCUUUCUGAUCGCUAUAAAAGAAACCGACUCUUUCUCACUCCUCCUUCCUCUUCAGUAAAACUUGCUCGCGCAGGUCCCUGGAAUUACAUUAGAAGGAUCUAAGCUUAUUCUGAGAGAAUGUAUGGAGAUUGCCAGGUCAUGAUGUCAAUGGGUGGAAACAUAGUUGGAGAGCCAAUGUUCCCUCCUUCAAACCUCAACUUCCUUCAUAACCUGCCUUAUAACUCACCACCAGUCUUCUCAAGCCUCCUCACUAAAGAGGAUAAUGGUGCAUUGAAAGGGAAGGAAGAUGAACUGGAUAGCAAGUCUGGAAGUGGGAACAUCGAUGGAGGGGUGUCGGAAGAGCAUGAGGAUGGUGAGCAACAGCAGCGGAACCCCAAGAGAAAGCGUUAUCAUAGGCACAGUGUCAGGCAAAUUCAAGAGAUGGAAGCUCUAUUCAAAGAAUGCCCACAUCCGGACGACAAGCAAAGGCUCAAACUCAGCCAAGAUCUUGGCCUCAAACCUCGACAAGUCAAGUUCUGGUUUCAGAACAGAAGAACACAAAUGAAGUCUCAGCAAGACCGCGCCGACAACGUGAUACUCAGGGCUGAAAACGAGAACCUAAAGAACGAGAACGUCCGCCUGCACGGCGCCAUCAGAAAUAUAACAUGCCCUGCUUGUGGGGGGCCAGCCAUUUUGGGAGAAAUGUCUCUUGAUGAGCAGCACCUGCGCAUUGAAAAUGCCCGACUCAAGGAAGAGCUCGAACGCCUUAACGGUAUGGCGACAAGAUACGCUGGGGGGAGGCCAGUACAUGGCAUGGUUCAAGCUCCACAAAUGAUGGUCCCCUCUUUAGACCUUGAUAUUGGCAUGUAUACAAGGCAGUACCAUCAUGAACAGGCUCCUCCGCCUCCCUUUUGCCCUCCUCUGUGCCACACUAGCGACAUGAUGGUGCCCCAUUCAAUGCCUGAGAUUAACCCACUCGGAACAGUUGGACUACUGGAGAAUGAUAAGCCACUCGCUUUCGACCUUGCCAUGGCAGCCAUGGCUGAGCUCCUAAAGAUGUCUCAGCUUAAUGAGGGGUUGUGGCUCCAAAGUGGCGGUGAAGGUAGAGAGAUUUUGAACGUGGACGAGUAUGCGAAGUCAUUUCAAUGGCCGAUCAACCAUAAGCAGGAAUUGAGCGGGUGGAGGACUGAGGGGACCCGAUCCACUGUAACGGUUAUAAUGAACAGCAUCACACUCGUUGAUGCGUUCUUGGAUGCGAACAAAUGGAUGGAGAUGUUCCCAUCUAUAGUUUCGAAGGCAAGGACAGUCCAAGUCAUAACAGCCGGACUUGCCAGCCAUGGAAGUGGGUCGCUUCAACUGAUGUAUGCUGAGUUCCAGUUUUUCACUCCAUUGGUACCCACUCGUGAGGUUUACUUUCUGCGAUAUUGCCAACAAACUGCUGACGGUGGUUGGGUGAUCGUUGAUUUUCCCGUUGAUGGUAUCAGUGAGAAUCUGCAACUGCCUCUCUCUAGGUACAGGAGGCGCCCCUCUGGUUGUGUGAUUAAAGAUAUGCCUAAUGGUUAUUCAAGGGUGACUUGGGUAGAACAUUCAGAAGUCGAUGAUAAACCAAUUCAUCCCAUGUUUAAUCAAAUUGUCGAAAGCGGAGAGGCAUUUGGGGCUCAACGUUGGGCCACUGUGUUGCAGCGCCAGUGCGAGAGGCUCGCAAGCCUCAUGGCUGAAAACAUUUCCGAUCGUGAUCUCGGAGCUUUUUCAGUAAUGACCACACUGGAAGCGCGACGUAGCUUGAUGAGGCUUGCCCAGAGGAUGAUGAGGAUCUUCUGCAUCAACAUGAGCGGGUCUGGGGGCCAAUCAUGGACUACGCUAACAGGCGGGCCUGAGGACACAGUGAGGAUCACAACAAGGAAGAAUACUGAGGUUGGGCAACCCAUUGGGCUCAUACUCUGUGCUAUCACCACUACUUGGCUGCCCGUUCCCCCCCACCAGGUCUUUGAUCUCCUUCGAGACGAUCGCCGCAGAACUGAGUUAGAUGUUCUUUCAAGCGGUAGCGCUAGCAACGAAGUGGCGCACAUUGCCAAUGGCACACAUACAGGCAACUGCAUUUCUCUUUAUCGUGUGAAUACCGGGGGCAACACACCGCAGAAUGUGGAGCUGAUGCUCCAGGAGAGCUGCACCGACCCCUCUGCGUCCCUUGUUAUCUAUGCCCCCAUCGACAUAUCCUCUGUGCAGAUGGCUGUGACGAGCGAGGACCAUUCUUAUGUCCCUCUCUUACCCUCCGGUUUCAUCAUCACCCCGCGACGCCAACCCAACGACCCAAAACAUGCCUAUAACGGCAACGGUAUCAGCAGCAGCAAUAAUAGGGGAGAUGGGUGCCUCAUGACGGUGGGGGUGCAGAUGUUGGCAAGCUCAAACCCUACUGCAAAUCUCAAUUUCUCAGCCGUUCCUGCCAUUAACAACCAUCUCUGCAACGCGGUUAAUCAGAUCAGGGCUGCCUUAUUGGCACCUCGUGAUCAGUAACGGUAAAGGUCUGCUAGGGACACCCACCUUCGGAGAGAAGUGGGGAGAGUCCAGGGAAUAAAUGAGAGAGAGAGAGUGUGUGUCUGUGUCUGUUGGGAUUUGAGGAAAAGAGAGUGUGGGGGUUGUCAAAAUGAUGUGUGUCUUAGGAUUAAGAGUGAAAAAAAAGUGUGAGAAAUUUUAAGAGAAUUGCCCAAAAUGAGCUCUCGUUUUACAGGGAUGAUGAUUAUACCAAGAGCCCUAACUUUUUGGAGGAAGACCUGAUCUUGUCAAAAUUCCUAGAGGGGGGAAGGUGUUAUAUAUACUUCACAAAGGGGCCUGAGGUAUAAUGGUGAUGCCAGUAAAAAGAGGUGCUUUCUGGGUAUUUUCUAUAGAGUCAUAUGUGGGGGAGCACUAUCAAGUAAUUUCCCCUUGGUAUAUAUAUUUAUAGAGAGAGAAAUCAAGGUGUGGAGAGAUAAAGAGGUGGAAAUGGUGUAGAGAUAGAACAAAGGGGGUGUAAUUUUGUGGGAAAUAAGAGGAAGAAGCACCAUUGGAGAUGAAAUAUAAGGGAGAUAAAUAAGUAAAAAGUGGGAAUGUGGGGGAGUCAAGAGCGCACCAGAUGAGAUCCUUGCUGUGUGGUUAGGUAACUUUGAUUAUGGUGGCCUCACCACUUAGCCAGGGUGGUGGUUCGGGUAUUGACUUUCUCUGUUUCUUUAACCCCUUUUGUGUCAUCAUAUACACUCGUAUCCUUGUUUUCAAGCUUUUAUUACAUCGUCAUACACAUACACUGGAUUCCUCUUGUAGAACUUUAAUCUAUUGUUUACAUGGGGCUAUAUAUAUAUGGAUUGGUUGCUUUGGGUUACA